AUGUUCCAUUCAAGGGCUUUCCUUCUCUCCUGGCUCGUGGGCUUUACCGCGGCCAAGGAUAUCCAUCUCGAUUGGAACAUCACCUGGGUGUGGGCAGCGCCCGACGGCUUUGGCCGCCCCAUGAUCGGGAUUAACGACGAGUGGCCAUGUCCGAUUGUCAAUGCCGACCUGGGCGAUCGACUCAUUGUCGAUGUGCACAAUGGUCUGGGGAAUCAGUCGACAGGAAUCCAUUGGCAUGGCUUCUAUCAAUAUAUGACAGGAACGAUGGAUGGCUCGAACCAGGUGACGCAGUGUGCCUUGCCUCCGGGGAGCAGCAUGCGCUAUGAAUUCAAUGUCAAUCAAACCGGUACUUACUGGUAUCACUCGCACGAAAUGGGCCAGUAUCCCGACGGACUCCGCGGCCCGUUCAUCGUCCGGGAUCCGUCGCCUCCAUUUGCGUACGACGACGAGUUCACGCUGACACUGACCGACCAUUACCACGAGCAAAUGCCCGUUCUUCUGCAGCAGUACGAGGCCGACAGCGUAGGCGCCCAGCCCGGCGUCAACGAACCCUUGCCAGCGGCAGCCCUGAUCAACGAGGGGAUCGACUUCACGAAACUCCGUGUGGAGCCCAACAAGACGUAUCUGAUCCAUCUGAUUUGCGUGGGCAAUUGGCCCGGCCACGUUAUUGUCUUUGAUGGCCACGAGAUCAGUGUAGUUGAGGUGGACGGCGUCUGGGUGGACACCUAUCCGGUUGGAGACAAGAAGAUUCGGCUGGCCACGGGCCAACGCAUGAGCAUUCUUCUCAAGACCAAGGACAACGCCGACGCCAACUAUGCCAUCUGGGACUCGAUGGACGUUAACAUGAUGUUCUUCUACGAGAAUCGAGCUAUCCCCGAGGGUUUCAACCCCAAUGCGACGGCAUGGCUAGUCUACGACGAAGCAAAGGAGCUUCCUCCCCCGCCCGACGUCCACGAACUCGACCCGAACAACGACUUUGUCGACGAUCUCGUCUUUGUGCCUGCGAACCACGAGCCCCUCCUCGAGAAAGUCGACCGCCAGAUCAUCUUCAAUACCGGUGUGACUGAGAGCAACGGCCGCAGCGUGUUCACUAUCAAUGGCCAGACAUAUGUGGACCCGGAGGAACCCACAAUGUACACGGCGCUGGCGGCAAGCCCAGAGAACUCUACCGAUGAGUCGAUAUACGGACAGGUAAAUCCCUUCGUGGUCCAGUACGGCGAGGUCGUGGAGAUCAUCAUCAACAACCAUCACGGCAACCUGCACCCCUGGCACUUGCACGGCCAUCAGUUUCAGGUCCUGCAGCGCACGACCCCGGAGGGUGGGUACUUUAACGGCUACUUUGCAAACAUUUCUUCCACUCCGGUGAAACGGGAUACCAUCAUGGUGCAGAACCAUGGACACGCGUGGCAUGUCACCAAGGGGUUGACGGGCACCAUCAUCGAAGCCCCGGCGCAGCUGCACGAUAUCUCAGUACCGUUGGACCAUCAGAGAAUCUGUCCCAGCUACGGCACGCCACCGGGUGGUGGCACUCCUCCAAAUGAUGCACCUCCUGCAGAGAAUGCCACCCCGCCCUCGUCUGCUCAUCCUCAGGAUACUCCUCAACCUGGGGGUUCAGCGGGCUCACCUCCUCCCCAGGAUACUCCCCAACCUGGCGGUUCACAAGGCUCAGCUCCUGCUCAGUAUAGUCCUCAACCUGAGGGUUCUCCAGACUCACCUCCAGCUCAGUAUACUCCCCAGCCUUGGGGCAACCAAGGCCCAUCUGCCCCUGCUCAGUAUACUCCCCAGCCGGGGAGUCCACCCAGCAACACCGCGCCACCAGCCAGCAACUAUCCCCCAGCCUAUGCACAGGGCUAUCCCGCUGGCUACGUUCCUGUUGCGCCUGGCCCCGUCAUCAUCGACUCGGAAUACCAUUACGGCGGCAAGUCUAGUCAUGUUGGAUCAUCUGGUGUGAAUACUUGCCAUGAUGGGGAUGCCGUCAUGGCAGACAGUGAGGACGGCGCGAGCGCCUCAUAG